GUUACUUUUGAACAAGAGGCCAGAAUCUAAACUGAAACAAUGGCGGGAAAAGUUGGUAGUUUUUAUUUUGGGCAACAUGUGAUUCACGAAAGCGUUGUUUUCUUCAGAUCGAAGUUGUCUUUUGCUUUUGUAAACAUCAAGCCGGUGGUCCCAGGUCAUGUUUUAGUGUCAUCUAUAAGAGAAGCUCCAAGAUUUUCUGACUUGAGUCAUGAUGAAGUUGCAGACCUUUUUAUUAGUUCACAAAAAGUCUCUAAUGUUGUGAAAGAUGUUUAUAAUGCUACAUCCUUAACCUUAGCUGUCCAGGAUGGGCCAGAUGCUGGUCAAACUGUUCCUCAUGUCCAUGUUCACAUAUUACCAAGACUCAAGGGGGACUUUGCAAACAAUGAUGAUAUUUACAGCGAGUUAGAAAAACAUGAUAAAGAGGAAAACCGGAAACCAAGAUCCCUUGAAGAUAUGGCAAUAGAAGCUUCAAAACUCAGGACAUUUUUCCAUGACAAAAAAACUUAACCUUGUGUAAAACUGAAUAAUGUUUUUGUUCUCAUAAAUUUUAAAAGAAUGGAGAUAAAAGUACCUGAAUUCAGUUUUUAGAAUUGAGCAGUAUUAGUAAGAGAAUCAACCUGUUUGAAGCUAUAUGUGUUAAAAUCCGUUCACUGCUUACUGACAAUUAUCAUCAUUAUUUCCAA